CUAUAAACAAUCAAGUCCGAGUACGAGCAAAGGAUACAAUUAUUCGUAAAUAAAUAACAAAUAACGCACUUAAGAAUUAAGGUCACCCAACAUAUACGUUAGGUACCUUAGGUACGAAGUGACACCGCCAACAUUGCCGUCGCUCGAGAAACGAUGUGCACGAAGUCGGGUCUGCAUGGCGACCCUCAAUGUAUACACUACCAUAGCAACAGCUCUCUACCGCGUGAAUCAUGUCAAAAUAGCAAACUUUUCAAACAGAGAAUACAUAAAAAAACCAAAGCUUCACCGUGCCGCUCUCCCUCCGUAUCAUAUUUACCUUACAUACAGCAUCAUAACAUAACAUCCAACUCCAAACAACAAAUCAACCACCCCAAAUCCCCAACCCAAAGCACCACUAUCCUCGGGAGGAAGUGUCGACGAUGAACGACGCCACCGUCAUCGGCAUCGUAGUCAUGAUCCUAGUCCCGCUCAUCGCAAUCCUGAUAUGUUGGGGCUACUCGCUAUCCGAGAAGUUCGCCUCGCUGAUGAAGCGCUCGACGGAGCAUCAAGCCCACAUGCGAGCACAGCGAUACGCGGCUCAGGAGCAGCUGGCGCGAGACUCUACCGACGCUGCUGUUGCGCUAACUACCGCUUCUAACAUACACCUCCCCAGGACACCCCCCUCGAACCAAGGCGACGGCCGAAAACAGCGCAGCAGAACCAUGGCCGCCCGCCCGCAACCGAUCCUGCGCGCAGCUAUACGAGUAUCAUCAAGACCAGCCUUUUGCUCUCCCCCCCGCCGCCACGCCCGACUAUUCAGCACAACGAACUCUACUCCUACCUCUACCUCCCAAGCAGCACAUUCCACCACCGAUAAUGGCGCUACCACCACCACCAGCAGAAAUAGUACAACAACACACUUCGGCUUCCAAGACGGCCUCUCCGAGUCCGAGAAGACGGAGCGCGUGGCCGGCGUCUUCCACAGCGUAGCCGAGUCUUACGACCGCAUGAACGAUCUUAUGUCGUUUGGCUGGCACCGCGUCUGGAAGGACCACUUCGUCUCCUCCCUCAACCCCGGCCUCUCCUCCUCCGUCCCCCCCAAACCCCAGCGCAUCCUCGACGUCGCCGGCGGCACAGGCGACAUCGCCUUCCGCAUGCUACACCACGCGCACGUGCUGAACCGCAACCCCGACGUCCACGUCACCAUCUCCGACAUCAACCCCUCCAUGCUAGCAGUCGGCAAGCAGCGCUCCCUCUCCCUGCCCGCCUCCCAACAAGCCGCCCUCUCCUUCCUCGAAGCCGACGCCACCUCCUUCUCCCCCGCCGCCGUCCCCGACGCCUCCCUCGACCUGUACACCGUCGCCUUCGGCAUCCGCAACUUCAGCAACAUCCCCGCCGCCCUGGCCGAAGCCCACCGCGUCCUAAAGCCCGGCGGCGUGUUCGCCUGCCUCGAGUUCAGCAAGGUCGCCAACCCCCUCCUCGACGCCGUAUACAAGCGCUGGAGCUUCAGCGCCAUCCCCCUCAUCGGCCAUCUCGUUGCCGGCGACCGCGACUCCUACCAGUACCUCGUCGAGAGCAUCGAGCGGUUCCCCAGCCAGUCCCAGUUCCGCGAUAUGAUUAAAGACGCCGGCUUUGUCGUUGGCGGCCAGGGCUGGGAAGAUCUGACGGGUGGUGUGGCUGCGAUCCACAAGGGUAUGAAGCCCCUGUAA